AUGGAGGAGCAGGAACCGCUGAUAACCGAUAAAAGACUGGAUUUCCUGGAGAACUGCGUGCUGAAGGCGCUGAACGUGAAGCCCGAGCGCUGGGAGAGAUGCGUGUCCGCGGAGGAGCAGCGGAGAGUCAUUCAGGAGUUCCUGGAUCAAUCCGAGCACUCGACUCUCUCGGUGUCCGUCAACUCUGCCGGGCAGCUCGUACCCGCUCUCGGUCUCUCCGCCGCCGCUAAGAGCAAAGCGGUGUUUUUCGUGAAGCGGGGUAAAGGUGCGCUUACCGCCGAUAAAAUGAAGACCCAGUUGUUCAGUGGAGAUAUGUGUUAUUCUCCUCUCGAGCAGUUCUCGGUGCUAGUGGACAAGGUUGUGGAGCCGGUGCUGUCCAAUUUAAACAACCAGCGAGACUUCCCUAACGUUGUUUCUCAGGAUCUCAUGCAACACAUUCAUUCCCUUCAAAACAACGUGUUUGUUACAGCUGGUCAAAUCAAAGGCAAAACUCACCUGCCCGUUCCUCUGGGAUUCAAGCAGUUGGAGCAGUGCAGUCAACGGGCAGAUAAGAGGCUUCGUGUGGUGAAUAAAAGCCUGAUUCACUCAAUGGAGACGGUGGUGAUAGACUGGAGUCAUCAGGUCUAUAAGGUCUUGAAGAAGGACUCGUCUGAGCCACUGCUGGAGGGCCGAAACCCCACUCCACAUGCAGAGAUACACUUCUGGAGGAACAGGCUUGCUGAUCUUCAGGGAAUCCACCAGCAGCUUCAGUCUUCUAAAGUCCUGACGCUGGCAGAGCUUCUGCUCGCGGUGGACAGCAGCUAUUAUCCUGCAUUCGCCAAAAUGAUCCAGGAUGUCAUGGAAGCUCAUAACGAGUCGAAGAACAUCACAACCUUCCUGAAGCCGCUGGAGAGGCUGAUCGAGGAUCUGGAGAACGCAGACUUCAGUGAGCUGAAGACAAAGAUCCCUCCGCUCAUGCACACGGUGUGUCUGAUCUGGGCCAACUGCAGAUACUACAGCAAACCAGCCCGAGUCAUUGUGCUUCUGCAGGAGAUCUGCAACCUCCUCAUACAGCAGGCCCGGAGUUUCCUGAACCCGGAGGACAUCCUGAAAGGUGAUGUUCUGGAGAGUCUGCUGCGUGUUCAGGUCACUGUUGACCUGCUGACACACUUCAAGAGCACAUAUGAGGACAGAAGAGCCAACCUGAGCCACUACCAAAAGAACGAAGACCCGGUCAAGCCCUGGGAUUUCUCUCCGCUCAUGGUGUUCGUCGGCCUGGAUCACUUCAUGAAGAGACUCAGAAUGAUUGAGAUGGUGCUGCUCACUGUCAUGGAUAUGAUGAGGCUGGAGAAGAUCGAGUUUGGAGGCAUUCAGGGGAAAUCUCUCAGCCAGAUUGUCCAGCGUUUGCAUGAAGACUUCUUACAGACGUACAAAUCAUUCUCAGAGAAGCCCUACGACUGCCUGGAUGUUAAUAAUAUGGAGUUUGAAUCAGAUUUCGCAGAGUUCCAGCUGACGGUGGAUGAUACGAACAGGCGAUUGGGUGCCAUCUUCUGCAACGCUUUUGAUGACGCUUCAGGUCUGGAACACUCCUUCAAGGUUUUGGACAUGUUUGGCCGACUGCUGGAGCAGCCGCUGAUAGCAGCCGAGGCUCAGGCCAGAUAUCCCGUCCUGAUCAAACUGUUUGACAAGCAGCUGGAAGACUGUAAGACGAUCUUCAAGAAGCAGAUGCAGAUGGAGGAAACCCGAGGUUACUGUCCUGUCUCCAAAAACAUGCCUGCGCUUUCUGGAGGAUUGAAGUUUGUCCAGGAAUUGCAGGAACGCAUACAGACCCUUUACAAUAACUUCAGAUUCAUCAACCACCCAUGUAUGGAGUCUGUGGAUGCAAAGGAGAUGAUCCAGAAAUAUGAUGAGCUCAUGCGGCAGCUCAAACAAUACUCAUCUAAACUGUAUGACAUCUGGACCAGUUCUGUGGCCGAGAAGUCGCAGUUUAAUCUGAACAAGCCGCUGAUAUCCCGAGAGCCCAGAUCCAGACUGCUCUCUGUCAACUUCAGCCCGCAGCUGGUGUCAGUGCUGCGGGAGGUGAAGUACCUGGAGGCCAGACAGGCCGAGAUCAUCCCUGAUGCAGCCGCAGAGAUCUACUCCAGCAGAGAGCUCCUCUGGCAGUAUGUGGCCAACCUGGAGCUCACCACUGGCUGGUACAACAAAAUCAUCAGCUCCGUGCUGGACGUGGAGAUGCCACUGAUCCAGGGCCAGCUGACCGACAUCGACAACAAGCUCAAAGAAGCCCAGGAGAACCUGUGCUGGAUAAGUGAAGGAAUCUGGGAGUACAUCCAGGACGUGCGUGAGGUGGUGAGUGACCUGGAGCAGCAUCUGCAGAGAACUAAAGACAACGUGGAGGAGAUGCAGAGCCUGAUGAAGAGCUGGGCCACACCGCUGCACGACAGGAAGGAGGGAAGGAAGGAGAUGCUGCUGAACCUGGAGGAGCGGAGCGAGCGUGUGGAGCGCACAUACAGCCACAUCCGCUCUUCAGGAGCCAGAAUACAUCUCCUACUGCAGGAGAACUUGCACCUUUUCAAAGCAGACCCGUCAUCUCCACAGUGGAAGAUUUAUGUGGAUUAUGUAGAUGAAAUGGUCAUCGACGGCUUCUUCAAUGCUAUCGAGAGCACACUCAGGUUCUUCAUGGAAAAUACAGAUGCAGAUGCUGGAUUAGAGCCGCUGUUGGAGGCCCAGCUGCGUCUGCAGGUUCCUGACCUGGUGUUUCAGCCAUCGCUGGAGUUCGGAGCUUCAGACAGCCUCCAUGAGCUGGUGGAGGGUUUGCUCAGAGAUGUCUUCAAGACCUCCACUCUGGUGCCGCGUCUGGCCGAGCACAGCGGCUUCACAGACUACCAGGAUGAUAUGGAGGACAUGGAGGAGCUGGUGCAGACCCGUCAACAAGUGAUGGAGCGAGUGAAGAGGAUCAUGAUGAAGUGCUGCGAGUACCGGAACUCUCUGGAGUGCUACGCUUACCUGUACGUGGACGACCGCAAAGAGUUCAUGCGUCAGUUCCUGCUGUACGGCCACGUGCUGACGAGCCAGGAGAUCGAGGAGCACGCUGAACACGGCGUCCCAGAAUCCCCUCCGACUCUGGAGCGCUUCCAGCAGCAGGUGGACUCCUACGAGCGCCUGUAUGAGGAGCUGCAGCGGAUGGAGCCAGUGAUGGUGUUUGAGCGCUGGAUGAGGGUGGACGCUCGCGCCUUCAAGAGCGCACUGCUCAACACCGUCAAGAAGUGGAGCUUGAUGUUCAAACAGCACCUCAUCGACCACGUCACCAACAGUCUGUCUGACCUGGAGGAGUUCAUCCGGCUGACUGAGGCCGGUCUGGGGCAGAAGGUGGAGGAGGGAGACUAUGGAGGACUGGUGGAGAUCAUGGGUUUCCUGAUGGCAGUGAAGGAGAGACAGAGCAGCACAGAUGAGAUGUUCGAGCCGCUGCAGCAAACCAUUGACCUGCUCAAGACUUAUGAGCAGGAGCUGCCGGAUGUAGUCUACAAACAGCUGGAGGUGCUGCCAGAGAAGUGGAACAACAUGAAGAAGCAGGCGGUGCAGGUGAAGCAGCAUGUGGCUCCGCUGCAGGCCGCAGAGGUGGCCAACCUGCGCAGGAGAUGUGCUGCGUUCGACGUGGAGCAACACACAUUCAGGGAGACCUUCCGCAAGAAACACUUCUUUAGGUUUGACAGCGUGAAUGUGCACGAGCAGCUGGACACAGCACACACACAGAUCCAGGAGCUGGAGAGUCUGAUGGCGGGCCUCACGGAGUCGGCCAAUCUGUUCGAGGUGGGCGUGCCGGACUACAGGCAGCUGAAGCAGUGCCGCAGGGAGCUGCCGCUGCUGAAGGAGCUGUGGGACCAGGCGCUGGCGGUGAGCUCCUGUCUGCAGGCCUGGCAGAGGACGCCCUGGAGCCAGAUCAACGUAGACGACAUGGAGACAGAGUGCAAGCGCUUCUCCAAGGAGCUGCGGCUGCUGGAUAAAGAGGCGCGGGCGUGGGAUGUGUUCAGUGGGCUGGACGGGACGGUGAAGAACACACUGACGUCACUGAGAGCGGUGGCUGAGCUGCAGAAUCCGGCCAUACGCCUGCGCCACUGGCAGCAGCUGAUGGCGGCCACUGGAGUGCAGUUCAACAUGGACCAGGACACCACGCUCGCAGACCUGCUGCGCCUCAACCUGCACCACUUUGAGGAGGAGGUGCGGGGCAUUGUGGACCGUGCUGUGAAGGAGAUGGGCAUGGAGAAGGUGCUGAGCGAGCUGGACGCCACCUGGACCAACAUGAGCUUUGAGUUCGAGGCUCACCCACGGACGCAGGUUCCUCUGCUGAAGUCCAGCGAGGAGCUGAUCGAGACACUGGAGGACAACCAGGUGCAGCUGCAGAACCUGAUGUCCUCUAAGUACAUCUCCUUCUUCCUGGAGGAGGUGUCGUCAUGGCAACGCAAGCUGUCCGUCACCGACUCCGUCAUCUCCAUCUGGUUCGAGGUGCAGAGGACCUGGUGUCACCUGGAGAGCAUCUUCAUCGGCUCCGACGACAUCCGCUCGCAGCUGCCAGAGGACUCCAAGCGCUUCGAAGGGAUUGAUGGAGAUUUCAGAGAGUUGACGCUCGAUGCCAGACAAACACCCAACGUUGUGGAGGCCACCAAUAAACCGGGCCUUUACAACAAGCUGGAGGACAUCCAAAGCAGGCUGGCCCUCUGUGAGAAAGCCCUGUCUGAGUAUCUGGACACCAAACGCUUGGCCUUCCCUCGCUUCUACUUCAUCUCCUCCGCUGACCUGCUCGACAUCCUGUCUAGUGGCACCGACCCGCACCAGGUUCAGAAGCAUCUGUCCAAGUUGUUUGACAAUAUGGCCAAGCUGCAGUUCCAGGCGGGCGAGGACGGCAGACUCCAGAAGACCGCUCUGGGCAUGUUCAGCAAAGAGGACGAGCACGUGCCCUUCAGCCACGCCUGCGACUGCACCGGACAGGUUGAAGUGUGGCUGAACCGUGUUAUGGACAGUAUGAGAGCCACUGUGCGUCACGAGAUGACCGAAGCCGUCGCUGCCUAUGAGGAGAAACCCAGAGAACAGUGGCUGUUUGACUACCCGGCUCAGGUGGCGCUGACCUGCACUCAGAUCUGGUGGACCACUGAUGUGGGCAUUGCCUUCUCCAGGCUGGAGGAGGGAUACGAGAACGCCAUGAAGGAGUACUAUAAGAAGCAGGUGAACCAGCUGAACACACUCAUCACCAUGCUGAUCGGGCAGCUGACGCCCGGAGACCGGCAGAAGGUCAUGACCAUCUGCACCAUCGACGUGCACGCCAGAGACGUGGUGGACAAGAUCAUCACGCAGAAGGUGGAGAACUCUCAGGCGUUCCUGUGGCUGUCUCAGCUGCGGCACCGCUGGGGUGACCGAGAGAAACACUGCUUCGCCAACAUCUGCGACGCUCAGUUCCUCUACUCAUAUGAGUAUCUGGGAAACACUCCUCGCCUGGUCAUCACACCGCUCACAGACAGGUGCUACAUCACUCUGACCCAGUCUCUGCAUCUGGUGAUGAGUGGAGCUCCAGCCGGACCCGCCGGCACCGGCAAAACCGAGACCACCAAAGACCUGGGCCGAGCACUCGGCAUUAUGGUCUACGUCUUCAACUGCUCCGAGCAGAUGGACUACAAGUCGUGUGGAAACAUCUACAAAGGCCUGGCGCAGACGGGAGCGUGGGGCUGCUUCGAUGAGUUCAACCGCAUCUCUGUGGAGGUGCUGUCUGUGGUGGCGGUGCAGGUCAAAAGCAUUCAGGAUGCCAUUCGGGACAAGAAGCAGCGCUUUAACUUCAUGGGCGAGGACGUGUGUCUGGUGCCGUCGGUGGGCAUCUUCAUCACCAUGAACCCCGGGUACGCCGGCAGGACGGAGCUUCCAGAAAACCUCAAGGCUCUGUUCAGGCCGUGUGCGAUGGUGGUGCCGGACUUCGAGCUGAUCUGUGAGAUUAUGCUGGUGGCCGAGGGCUUCAUCGAGGCUCGACUGCUGGCCAGGAAGUUCAUCACUCUCUAUCAGCUGUGCAAAGAGCUGCUCUCCAAACAGGAUCACUAUGACUGGGGUCUGCGGGCCAUCAAGUCCGUGCUGGUCGUUGCCGGAUCUCUGAAGCGAGGAGACCCGGGCCGAGCGGAGGACCAGGUGCUGAUGCGGGCGCUGCGAGACUUUAACGUGCCUAAGAUCGUGACCGAUGACAUGCCUGUCUUCAUGGGGCUGAUCGGAGACCUGUUCCCUGCCCUGGACGUGCCCCGCAAGAGAGACAUGGACUUUGAGAAGCUGGUGCGGCAGUCGGUGCUGGAGCUCAAACUGCAGGCCGAGGACAACUUUGUGCUGAAGGUGGUCCAGUUGGAGGAGCUGCUGGCGGUCCGGCACUCAGUGUUUGUGGUGGGGAACGCCGGCACCGGGAAGUCUCAGGUCCUGAAGUCUCUGCACAGAACCUACCAGAACAUGCAGCGGCGGGCCGUGUGGAGCGACCUCAACCCGAAGGCCGUGACCAACGACGAGCUGUUCGGCAUCAUCAACCCAGCCACACGCGAGUGGAGAGACGGCCUGUUCUCCAACAUCAUGCGUGAGCUGGCCAACAUCACCCACAGCGGGCCCAAGUGGAUCGUACUGGACGGAGACAUCGACCCAAUGUGGAUCGAGUCGCUCAACACCGUCAUGGAUGAUAACAAGGUGUUGACUCUGGCCAGUAAUGAGAGGAUCCCGCUGAACCCCAGCAUGCGUCUGCUGUUUGAGAUCAGUCACCUGCGCACCGCCACUCCAGCCACUGUGUCCAGAGCCGGUAUUCUGUACAUCAACCCUGCGGAUCUGGGCUGGAGUCCUCUGGUGUCCAGCUGGAUUGACUGCAGGGAGGUUCAGUCAGAGAAGGCCAACCUGACCAUCCUGUUCGACAAGUAUCUGCCCUCCUGCCUGGACACGCUGCGGGUCAGGUUUAAGAAGAUCAUCCCGGUGCCGGAGCAGAGUCAGGUGCAGAUGUUGUGUCGCCUGCUGGAGUGUCUGCUGGUGCCGGAACACACUCCUCCAGACAGCCACAAGGACCUGUACGAGCUCUACUUCGUCUUCGCCGCCGUCUGGGCCUUUGGAGGAACCAUGUUCCAGGAUCAGCUGCUGGAUUACCGGCUGGAGUUCAGUAAGUGGUGGGUGACGGAGUUCAAGAGUGUGAAGUUCCCUGCGCAGGGUUCUGUGUUCGACUACUACAUCGACCCCGACAGCAAGAAGUUUGAGCCCUGGUCCAAAAUGGUUCCUAAGUUUGAGAUGGAUCCUGAAAUCCCUCUUCAGGCCUGUCUGGUCCACACCACCGAGACGAUCCGCGUGCGCUACUUCCUGGACCGUCUGCUGGAGCGCCGGCGUCCGCUGAUGCUGGUGGGCAACGCCGGCACGGGGAAAUCUGUCCUGGUGGGAGACAAACUGGCCUCACUGGACCCAGAGAAGUACACCAUCAAGAACGUGCCCUUCAACUACUACACCAGCUCCGCCAUGCUGCAGGCUGUUUUAGAGAAGCCGCUGGAGAAGAAGGCGGGCCGGAACUACGGGCCGCCGGGCAGCAAACGCCUCGUUUACUUCAUAGACGACAUGAACAUGCCGGAGGUGGACGAGUACGGCACGGUGCAGCCACACACACUCAUCCGCCAGCACAUGGACUACAGCCACUGGUACGACAGGAGCAAACUGCAGCUGAAGGAGAUCCACAACGUGCAGUACGUGUCCUGCAUGAACCCCACCGCCGGCAGCUUCACCAUCAACCCACGCCUGCAGAGGCACUUCUGUGUGUUUGCGAUGUCAUUCCCGGGCGCAGACGCUCUGCACUCCAUCUACUGCAGUAUCCUGAGCCAGCACGUGCGCGGUGAGAGCUUCAGUGUGUCCGUGCAGAAGAGCUGCUCUCAGCUGGUGGAUCUGGCGCUCGCUCUGCACCAGCGCAUCACCACCGCCUUCCUGCCCACCGCCAUCAAGUUCCACUACAUCUUCAACCUGCGCGACCUCUCCAACAUAUUCCAGGGCAUCUUGUUCUGUGGCAGUGAGUGUCUGCGCACUCCUCAAGACCUGCUGAAGAUCUACCUGCACGAGUCCAGCAGAGUGUAUCGAGACAAGAUGCUGGAGGAGAGAGACUUUCAGCUGUUCGACAAACUGCAGGAGGACACGGUCAAGAAGAUCUAUGAGGAUGUGGACGCGCUGCUGCAGGAGACGCGGGUCAUGAACCUGUUCUGCCACUUCUCUGCGGGCGUCGGGGAGCCCAAAUACCUGCCCGUGCCCACCUGGAGCAGCCUGGCACACACACUGCAGGAGGCGCUGGAGGCGCACAACGAGCUCAAUCCUGCCAUGAGUCUGGUGCUGUUCGAGGACGCCAUGGCACACAUCUGUCGGAUCAGCCGUAUCCUGGAGUCUCCUCGAGGGAAUGCUCUGCUGGUCGGCGUUGGCGGCAGCGGGAAGCAGAGUCUGACGAGGCUGGCGGCGUUCAUCAGCUCACUCGACGUCUUCCAGAUCACCCUGAAGAAGGGCUACGGCAUCCCCGACCUCAAGAGUGAUCUGGGCUCGUUGUACAUUAAAGCUGGCGUGAAGAAUAUUGGCACGGUGCUGCUGAUGACAGAUGCACAGGUCGCAGAUGAGAAGUUCCUCGUGUUGGUGAACGACCUUUUAGCAUCUGGGGAGAUCCCGGACCUGUUCCCGGAUGACGAGGUGGAGAACAUCAUCGGUUCCCUGAGGAAUGAGGUGCGCGCUCAGGGUCUGAUGGACACCCGUGACAACUGCUGGAGGUUCUUCAUCGAGCGCGUGCGCCGGCAGCUGAAGGUGGCGCUCUGCUUCUCUCCGGUGGGGAACAAACUCAGGGUCCGCAGCCGCAAGUUUCCUGCCAUCGUCAACUGCACCGCCAUCAACUGGUUCCACGAGUGGCCACAGGAGGCGCUGGAGUCCGUCAGUCUGCGCUUCCUGCAGGACCUGGAGCACAUACAGCCUGAGCUGAAGGAGCCGGUGAGUAAGUUCAUGGCCUACGUGCACGUGAGCGUCAACAAGACCUCCAGAGAGUACCUGCUGAACGAGCGCCGGUACAACUACACCACUCCCAAAUCCUUCCUGGAGCAGAUCAAGCUGUACGGCAGCCUGCUGGCGCUCAAGAAGAGGGACCUACAGUCCAAGAUGGAGAGGCUGGAGAACGGCCUGGAGAAGCUGAACAGCACCACGGCUCAGUGUUGA